GCGCACCCCGGGAUUUGUUUUUCUGCGCUGGGUUGAGGAGGGAAACAUGGCGACGACCCUCAUCUGUGGCCGGCUGUCCGCUGGACUCGGGAGUUCUGGCUCCAGAACGACCCUCAGAAAUGCCUGCAAGGUGCUUGGCGGCACCUCUGGCCUGUUGGGGAGCGCGGGGCCACAGCAGCACCCGGUGCAGCAGCAGCAGCGUCGGAGCCUCUCGCUUCACGAAUACAUGAGCAUCGGCCUGCUCAAGGAGUCGGGCAUCUCGGUGCCGGCCGGCAUGGUGGCCAACACGCCCGAAGAGGCCUACUCGGUCGCCAAGCAGAUCGGUUCCAAGGACCUAGUUGUUAAGGCCCAGGUGCUGGCGGGAGGCCGGGGUAAAGGAACCUUCGAGGGGGGUCUCAGAGGGGGCGUCAAAAUCGUCUACUCUCCCGAGGAGGCCCGAGACAUCUCCUCCCAGAUGUUGGGCAAGAAGCUCUACACGAAGCAGACGGGAGAGCAGGGCCGCAUCUGCAAUCAGGUGUUCAUCUGCGAGCGCAGGUACCCUCGCAGGGAGUACUACUUCGCCAUCACCAUGUCGAGGUCCUACCAGGGUCCGGUGCUGAUUGGUAGCUCUCACGGGGGCGUGAACAUCGAGGAUGUGGCGGUGGAGAACCCCGACGCCAUCAUCAAGGAGCCUAUCGACAUCAUGGAGGGCAUCAAGAUGGAGCAGGCCAUCAAGGUGGCGCAGAAAAUGGGCUUCCCCCCCGCCCUGGUGAACGAGGCGGCUGAGAACAUGAUCAAGCUGUACGACGUCUUCAUCAAGUACGAUGCGUCCAUGGUGGAGAUCAACCCCAUGGUGGAAGACUCCUCGGGCAUCGUGAUGUGCAUGGAUGCCAAGAUCAACUUCGACUCGAACGCUGCCUACCGGCAGCAGAAGGUGUUCAACAUGCGCGACUGGAGCCAGGAGGAUCCGCGGGACCACCAGGCCGCCAAGGCCGACCUCAACUAUAUUGGGCUGGACGGCACCAUCGGCUGCCUGGUAAACGGAGCUGGCCUCGCCAUGGCAACCAUGGACAUCAUUAAGCUACAUGGGGGCACACCUGCCAACUUCUUGGAUGUGGGGGGUGGAGCUACAGCACACCAGGUGACAGAGGCGUUCAAGCUCAUCACUUCAGACAAAAAGGUUCAGGCCAUCCUGGUCAACAUCUUCGGCGGCAUCAUGAGGUGUGACAUCAUCGCCCAGGGGAUCAUCAUGGCCGUGUCGGACCUAGAGCUGAAAAUCCCCAUCGUGGUGCGGUUACAAGGGACGAGAGUUGACGAUGCGAAGGCCCUGAUCGCCGCCAGCCCCCUCAAAAUCCUGGCGUGCGAUGACUUGGACGAGGCGGCGAAGAUGGUUGUCAAGCUCUCUGAAAUUGUGUCUCUGGCCAAAGAGGCCCAAGUGGACGUCAAGUUCCAGCUCCCGAUUUAAGGCGCACCACCUCCAGCGCAGCAGGAACCCGUAACCGUAGCAACUUCUCCAAAGUAUUGAGAGUAUGGUUCAGCACACAAUCGCUCGUUUCCUUUUUUCGAUUUUGUUUUUUUGUCGUCUUCUGUGUGGAAGCAUGACCCUCAGCCUGUUACUGUAGGCCCAGACACUCCGUGCUCCCUAGAAAGCAGGGCAACCGUGUCCUGUGUCCCCUUCAUAUCCAUCUGCUCGCUGGUGCCUGUGCUGAAUCCCCCCCCCCCCGCUUUGCUCAACCACCGAACUCCACAAGCAGACACUGUUGCCCCCCCCCACCCCAGCGAGCUGCUUUCUUCUUCUCCUCCUUCCUUCCGCCUUCCCUGUGCCUUGGUGCUAUAAAAGCAGAGAGAGGGUCUGCACCGAGUAUUUAUACCGUUGGAAGUUCGCUGACUCGGUCGGGAUCGCCCCUGCCAACCUCCAGCCGCUCACCCCGUCCCCCACGCAGCGAUGCAGGGCGUGCGAACCCGUUGCCUCCACUCCCCUUGGUUAAGCGCGCUUCUCCCACUCCCCAUCUCCUAGGUAGCACAGCGGUUACCGUAACGCACAAACACCCCAAACUCUGCUGGCUUCUGGGAGUAAAUGUUAAACCCCCCAUCCCCACCCCACAUCUGGGUGCUCGGUCAGACACGUGUGCUCCGUGAGGAGGUCGUGUAGCCCCCACCCGCCCUGGCUUGCUGUACAUACAAUGAGGUAAAUAGCGGUGCAGGAAGAAGGUGCUGUUAAUGCGGUUAAUUGACACAGAUAGGUGAAAGUGUGUGUGUGUGUGUGUGUGUGUGUGUGUGUGUAUCUGACGGAGGUGACGCUAAGAUUACUGUAGUGGGUUUUAGUUUUUGUGAAAAAGGGCUCCUUACCAACAGCAUCAGUAUUAAGGGCAAAAUUGUAGGAAAUCAGAAGGUUUUGAACGAGGUCAGCUGAAACACACUGGAGCUUUAAAAGAUAUUUAUAAUUAAAAAACUGAAAUUGUGAUGUUUAAGUUGUAUUGGAGAACCGACUCCCCCACCCAUUAGGAACCCCCUUCACGCCAAGGUGCCGCGGCCCAAUCCCCGAUUGAUCCCGGGCGGUUCGGAGCCCAGUCCGUCGACAGCUUUUGCUCAUCAUGGACCCUCCCCCCCCACCCACCGCUCGCUUGUGUCGUUCUGUAGCAGAAAUGCACAGCUCACGCCCCCUCCCCCCCCCCCACCUCAGACACGCACCUCGCUGGACGACUGCCUGCUGCUCACAUGGACCUGAAGUUGUAAGGCGCUUAUUUACCUUGUAAAUAAAAAAAACCAUGCUUGUCCUUUAUUGACUAUUUAAGUGUGAUGAUUGAUGGAAAAGAGGGCGAGGAGAAAAGAUGACGAUUAAAUCCCUUGAACAUCGAGAAGUGCUGUGUUUCUGUUCUUGGCUGACACUG